AUGACAGUCACUGAGUAUGAGAAUAAGUUUACAUCGCUUUUGAGAUUUGCUCCGGGGAUUGCCAAUGAUGAGGAAGGGAAGAUAGAGAUGUUUGUUGAUGGCCUAGAUCUUACCAUCAGGCUAAUUUUAGCUGCCUUAGAACUGACAGAGUAUGCAAAAGCGGUGCGAAAAGCCUUAGUGGUUGAGGCUGAAAGUAAGGACAGCAAGGUUAUCAGGGAGUCCUGUAAGCACAACAGAAGUAUGAGUGCUUUCUCCGAGGGUCAAUCAAGUAAAAAAUGCGGUCAAUCGGGACAUUACAAGUCCCAAUGCACUAAAGCUCAGGUGAUUUAUUUCAAGUGUGGACAGUCAGGGCACCACAAGUCUCAGUGUACUCAGAUCCAAGUGGCAUCUGAUGGGUGUUUUGGGUGUGGCCAGCAGGGCCAUAGGGUGAAGGAUUGUCCACAGUGGGGCAGCGGUUCAGGCAGAGGUGGAGGUUCAUAG